UUUCUUUGUCACUUACGAGGUGUAUAAGACCUUCAUCAAAUUUUUCCAUGUUUUGAAAAUGAAGGGAAUAUCACGGUUGUUGUUUUUUCAUCAGUUGAUCCUGCGCAAUGCGGCCAUGCCAACCAAACAGUCGUGCAAUACAACUUUAUGGCGAGCAAUCAUUAUGACGCAAUAACAAGGAAAGACACUCGCAGUCAGUCAUAGACUAAUUACAUUUAAUGAUUUAUGUAGCUGAGUGAUAUUCUUGUCCGACAUAGGAACUUUAAGUCAGUGAGUAGGCUAGCGCAACUGCUUUUCAUGCUGCUGCACUGCGGUGUAUGUGUGACAAAAUUGUUUCACAUUCAGGUAAGCCAGAGCAUCAACCAUGCCAGUCUCACCAAAUCCAAAGCGUAAAGGCUAUGACUUUUGGGAAAAGACCCUGGGCAAACCUUGCCUCUUGGUGGCACCCAUGGUGGACCAGAGUGAGUUGCCGUGGCGACUGGUAAGUCGUCGCCAUGGAGCGCAGCUGUGCUACACGCCCAUGUACCAUGCAGCCGUGUUUGCCCGCGAUCCUCGCUACCGGUCCGAAGCAUUGGCUUCCUGCCAAGAAGACCGACCCCUCAUUGUACAGUUCAGUGCUAAUGACCCCGAGGACUUUCUUCGCGCUGCGCUCUUGGCUCAAGACCACUGUGACGCCGUGGACCUGAAUCUGGGGUGCCCACAGGCAAACGCCAAGAGAGGAAGAUAUGGAGCAUUUCUGCAGGAAGACUGGGAUACCAUUUUCAAGAUCGUGAAUCUUGCUCAUCAGCGCUUGUCAGUCCCAGUGACCUGUAAGAUCCGUGUCUUUGAGGACGUAGAGAAGACGGUGCAGUACGCCAAAAUGUUGGAGAGGGCCGGCUGCCAGAUGCUGACAGUCCAUGGUCGAACCCGGGACAUGAAAGGACCUAAGACGGGCUUGGCCAACUGGGACAUCAUCAAAGCAGUCAAGCAAAACCUGAACAUCCCUGUUUUUGCAAAUGGUAACAUCCAGUACAAGAGUGAUGUGGACCGCUGCAUGAGAGAAACGGGGGUGGAUGGAGUCAUGACUGCAGAGGGAAACCUUCACAAUCCCGCUAUUUUUGAAGGGGUGCAACCCCCUGCCUGGGAGAUGGCCGAGGAGUAUCUUGAGCUGGUCACGCAGUACCCCUGCCCCAUGGCAUUUGUCAGGGGGCACCUCUUCAAACUCUGGCAUCACAGCCUGACCAUCCACCAGGACCUGCGCACACGACUGGCUGGCGCCAAGACCCUGGAGGAAUUUAUCUCCAUCAAUCAAGCUCUGAGAGACGUGUGCGAGGAGGAGAUAAAGCAGGCAGCAGGCCAGGAUUCAAAUGGGAAGAUGCCCCAUUGGUUGUGCCAGCCAUAUGUUAGGCCAACGCCCGAAGAGACACAGCAACGGAUCCUGGAGAAGAGCCUGAAGCGACCACUGAGUGAGGAGAACGAGCAGGAGAACCGAGAGCCUUUCCUGUCAAAGAAAGCCCUCAAGAGACACCAGCAGGGGAAGCCACCUGUCAAGAAUGUGAGGAAGUUCGAUCCCUGCUCAACGUGCAACAAUCCCCGCGGUCUCAGCUGUGUCUUCAAGCUCUGUCGAGCCUGCUGCAAAGAGAAAACGCGCCGUGCAGUGGAAGAUUGCCCGAGUCAUCGAUUCUAUUUUAAGACCAAGAUAGAGCGCAGGAAAUAUUGGGAAGCUAAACAAGCUGCCAAAGCGUUACAAACGAUGGACACACCUUUGGACACACCCAAAGACACGCCGACGGACACACCCGUGAAUGCUCCUACAGAUGCACAAUUAGCUGUUCCUGGGGGAAGGAUAAUGGAAGCUGAUCCAUUCAACAUACCUGGCAGCACCACAGCAGAGGGCUCGCUGAGAGACAAAGUCUCAGGUGACUUCCAGCAAGACACAUCUGGAACCACGAGCGCUGGCAAUGAUGACAGAGUAGACGCCAACAUGCUUACAGCCGAGACACCCUCAGACCUACCCACAACCAUUCCGUCAGAGAUAUCCUGACAAAUGCCCUCAAAAACAAUGUUUAUGGCAAUUUGACAUUCAGAUUUACCAAAUGGAUGAAUGGUUUUAGUUUUUCAGGAGUAAAUACUGCUCUAUCACAUGGCGAAUAUUAUUUCAAGAGUUAUUGACUUCUUCAAAGUAGUCUCAGCCACUAAAGGUGUGUUCAAAUCAACUAACUAUGGCUCAAAAUAGCACACAUAUCUGUGGCAUUUUAAAGAAGCCGCUCCCAGUGGCUUUGUAGGUAGACAUGUUUAAUUUUUUGAAGCUGCAGUUAACCACAACCUCAUAGACAAGGCUGAAUACAUGUACUACCAUUGAAGUGUACAAAUGAACUCAGAAGAGCAUUUCAUUUCAUCACAUGGUUGAGAAAAUAUUGUUUUGCAGAUCUAUAUUCUAAGCAACCGGAGAUCUUCUCUAAGAUGUGUACAUUAUGUGGCACUUUCUUGGUAACGUGGCCCUGCUAAGUCAAGAGUUUCUCUGCUUAAGAGCAUGGCGGUGUGCUAAUUAAAUAGGCUUGGACAACUUGUUACCGUGGGUAUUGGCAAAUGUGAUACCAAAGGCAGCGUGGAGAUUUAACUAGAAAAAUCAAUAUGAAGAUUUUCUGUGAGACAUUUCUCCUGAGAAUGUCAGUACAUGUGUGUUUGGCUUAAAGUAAAUCAGGUUGCUUUUUAAAUUAUGUGGAGGACCUUAUUAUUGUAUUUUUAAAAUUUGAGGUACAUGUUUAUCUUGAUGACUGGCAAACAUUAUUAUUAGUGGGCAGGACACAGGGAGCCGGCGUAUUGCCUCUUUCAUUACUUGAUGCCAUUGGAGCAAGGUCUCGUGGAUUAUUCAUCUGAAUUUUUUCUGUCAGUCAGUUGGUUGCUUGGUUUUCUACUCUGAAGAUAUCUGAGACCGAAAAACUUCUCAGCUUGUCCAAAGCUUAGAGAAAGGAGGAAAACACCACAAAUAAAUUAUCUUACCAGAUUCCCCCUCA